UUGGAUUAUUUUCCUCCUUAACAACAAUGCACACAAUGUCAAUCACUUCCUGCGUGCCUUUGUUUUGAUCCAACACAUUGAAUCUUAAACUGUUAAAAUCAAAGUUAAGUGCAAAAACCAAAGCACCGCAUAAAAAACAAUCAGUAACAUCCACACUAAUGAAAAGGAUGAAAGGAAAAUGGAAUUGUGAAUUUCUUGGAGCGACAAAAUUCAAUCUCUCAAGAAAGAUGACGAGGGAAGAACCGUAGAGGUUAUCUUAAAACAAUGAAAAUUGUACCUGGUUACGAGGGGAAAAUGCGCUUGUCCAGCAGGUAGUAGAAGAUGGCAGAUGCGGAGGACAUUCAGCCACUCGUGUGCGACAAUGGGACUGGAAUGGUGAAGGCUGGAUUUGCUGGAGAUGAUGCUCCACGAGCUGUGUUCCCUAGCAUUGUAGGCCGUCCUCGUCACACUGGUGUGAUGGUUGGAAUGGGCCAGAAAGAUGCAUAUGUUGGUGAUGAAGCUCAAUCCAAGCGUGGCAUUUUGACACUCAAAUACCCAAUUGAGCAUGGUAUUGUGAGCAACUGGGAUGACAUGGAAAAGAUUUGGCAUCACACCUUCUACAAUGAGCUUCGUGUUGCCCCUGAAGAGCAUCCAGUUCUCCUAACUGAGGCUCCUCUUAACCCGAAAGCCAAUCGUGAGAAGAUGACACAAAUAAUGUUUGAGACCUUUAACACUCCUGCUAUGUAUGUAGCUAUCCAAGCUGUUCUUUCCUUGUAUGCAAGUGGCCGUACAACUGGUAUUGUGCUAGACUCUGGUGAUGGUGUCAGCCAUACGGUCCCCAUAUACGAGGGGUAUGCCCUACCCCAUGCCAUCCUUCGUCUGGACCUGGCAGGCCGAGACCUCACAGAUAAUUUGAUGAAAAUCCUCACUGAGCGUGGGUAUUCUUUCACCACCACAGCAGAGCGCGAAAUUGUGAGGGACAUGAAGGAAAAGCUUGCUUAUAUCGCGCUUGAUUAUGAACAGGAGCUAGAGACUUCCAAGAGCAGCUCUUCAGUUGAGAAGAGCUAUGAGUUGCCUGAUGGGCAGGUCAUCACUAUUGGUGCUGAACGUUUCAGAUGCCCUGAGGUUCUGUUCCAACCAUCAAUGAUUGGGAUGGAAGCUGCGGGUAUCCACGAGACCACAUAUAACUCCAUCAUGAAGUGUGAUGUUGAUAUCCGGAAGGACCUGUAUGGUAACAUUGUCCUCUCGGGUGGUUCAACCAUGUUCCCGGGCAUUGCUGAUAGAAUGAGCAAGGAAAUCUCUGCACUAGCCCCAAGCAGUAUGAAAAUCAAGGUUGUGGCUCCACCUGAGAGGAAGUAUAGUGUUUGGAUUGGAGGAUCCAUUUUGGCAUCGCUCAGCACCUUCCAGCAGAUGUGGAUUUCAAAGGCAGAGUAUGAUGAGUCCGGGCCAUCAAUUGUGCAUAGGAAAUGCUUCUAAAAUGUUUGAGAAUAGUACCUUUGAAGAAACAAAAUUACUGCUGCAUUUCUCAGAAAGAACUUUCACUCUUGCUAUGUUAUCCUUUGACGUAAUUUCUUAUGCUGGAGUGGUGACUUUUUGAGAAGGCCAGAGGAGUUGGUUUAAAUUAUUGGUCCAUUUAUUUCACUAAUAUAUAUUUUGAGAAGCUUUUCUCA